AUGUUCUCAGAGUGUGGCGGAGUUCUGCGAAACUCCAAGGGGAUCAUCUCAACUCCGAACUACCCAGAACCUUACCCAGUACCCAUAAACUGUCGAUGGGUAAUCGAAGCUCCGUCUGAUAAAGUCAUAGCCAUCUAUUUUACCCAAUUCUACAUGAGAGAAGGCUUGACUGUAACUGAAUACGCCUUCUUCUCAGAGACCUUAUACAUGGGCAAGAAAGAAUUUGGUAUGAUUAGUUCUGACAGAGAACCCACAUACUUAGUGAGCAACAAGCCGGUUCUGGUGCUGGAUUUUCUGGUCCGUGAGUCGGGUAACAUUCAUAUGAGAGUGAGAGAGCACCUGUUGGAUGUUUUUGGGUUCAACAUAACCUAUGAAAUCGUCGGUAGAAAUGAGACUGUGAGAAAGGAGGCAUGUAUUUACCACCACUGUUCUUAUGCUGGCUCAUGCUAUGCGGCUGCCUUCUUUACCGGGUAUUUGUGCCACUGUUUUGCUGACUUUUACGGGGCUGAGUGCCAGUACAGUCCUGGAUGUGAGCCUGGUGCUGAAUCUAUGUGCCAAAAUGGAGGAACAUGUCGGCAUAAAAUUGGUUCAACGGUUAAGACAUGUGAGUGCCCAUCUGGAUUUGAAGGGGGCAAAUGUGAAAAGAGAAAAGAUGAUAGACGCCUUUUGGCUCAAUGUAUCGCUCUGGGGUGCACUCAGACUUGUGGACUCACAAAUCAUGGAGACUACAAGUGUACAUGCUUGGCCGGCUAUCAUCUAGCAGAAGAUAAAAAGACCUGCGUAGAAAAAGGUCGAACCCGUUAUUUGAUUCAAUUCAAAAUGUACGAUCAAAAUGUAGAUUUAGCUCAUUUGGAUGCAACUCGAUACAACCAACUCAAGAAAGGAUUAGAAAAUGCUUUGCUUCAGCUGUUUCAACCAAGACUCUAUAAAGCCGAAAACUUGACAGUCCUAAGUUUUGAGCCCGGUGCUGUCGUGCAGUUUCACUUUUUUGGCGAGAAAGAAGACAGUCAUCAAGCUAAAAGCAUCAUGGAAGAAGCACUAAAAAGCCGCUCUAUUGGAAAAUAUGCUGUCGAUAGGAAUUACAUUAGCUUCGAAUGGGAACCAGCUUUAAGCAUCCAAAGCAUCGAUGCUUCCGAGAAAAUGCCAGUGGUGGAAGAUUCCGAAAUGAGCCUGGCUUGCAUAACUCAAGGGUCCAGUGCCAUGCAAGUGCGAUGGUUCAAAGAUGGCGCAGCUAUCAAUGUGCAGACGUCCUAUCGCUCCAUGUGGACUACUCUAGUACCAAAGAAUUCAAAAGACCAAUACACAGCUAUUCUAGGAUUCGAAAAAGCUCAUGUUCUCGAUUCAGGAGAAUUCAUCUGCCAAGUGUCUGACUGGGGCACAAUCCAAAACAAGAGCAUCCAGGUUUCCGUGGUGACCAAACCUCAAGCUCAGGUGAUGCCUUUGACAGCUACCGUCAAACAAGGUGAUCGCAUGGUGAUCACUUGCUUAUCCCAAGACGACGUCCACGGUAGCUUUGGAUAUAAUUGGGUUAAAAACAAUCACAUUCUGAACCCGUCCGUGGAGCCAGAAAUGGUAGAAGACCUUUAUCCAGCUGGAAGUCGUCUUCUCAUUCUUUCAGCCCGAGCUUCGGCUACCUAUACUUGCAUUGUCACAAGUACAGCAGGAUCUACUAGGAAAGACUGCUCUGUUACUGUAAUCUCAGCAAAAGGAAACACAGCAACGUGCCUUGCUGAAAAAUACUUAGAAGUAAGGUGGUCGAAAACGGCGGCCAACACAGAAGAUAUCCAGUUUUGUCCAAAAGGAUACACAGGUGAAGUAAGGAGACACUGCAACCUUAAAAAGAACAAUGAAGCUGCUUGGGGAGAACCUGAUUACUCCCGUUGUCUUUCAAGUGAAUUCCAAAUAAUCCAGAACAAGUUCGAAAGUCUUCGGAUGGGGUAUUUGAUCACGGAAGUGGGCACCCUGAUGCAAGAGCUGAAGCUCUAUUUGUGGAAUAUGAGGGACCGGUUCCAUAUUGCAGAGGGGGAGCCGGUGGUGGAUCUCCUGGAGGGACUGCUCGAUUAUCAGAGGAAGCAUGGAAAGAACGACGAAUCUCAGUUCAAGAACAACUCGCAGAUCUUCCUGGAUAUUGUAUCGUUUCUUCUGGAUUCGCCUCGCCUCAUUCAGAAGCAGUCGCAUGUGAUCAAACUGCAUCAACAGAUACUAAGCCAUGGAUUAUUACACGGGUCGUCAAUAAGUGGUGACACAUUUCACAUGUUUCAACGCUCGGCCUUGGUGUUGGAGGUAGGACAAGUCCAAAAUGAAGGACAACGUAUCCUAAGUUUUCCGAGUCGAAAGGCCACCAGAGAGGUCAAGAAUUAUUCCCAACCAAGCUGGCUCACUGACUCCGUGGAAUUGGAUUUCAACACUUGGAUUGUGGAAAAUUUUCAAGAAUUAAAUGACUCCAUAAGCAUUGCAGUCGUCUUCUACAAGAAUUUUUCUGCAUUUUUGCCAGAACGAUUCCUUGCACAGUACGGAUAUGGGUAUGGCUCUAUUUUGCACAGAGGCCUGGACAUGGAAUACCAGCUCCACUCUAGAAUCGUUGCUGUGGCCGUGCAGACUGGACAGAGGAUAGUUGGAGCGCGAUCGUCUCGACUUAAAGUUAAAGCUCGUCUGGCUCAUCUCAACCACACUGUGAACCGACAGAUAAUGUGGAAUAUAUCCUGUGGAUUGGCCGAUUUUUCUCAGGGAAAUGUGCAGUUUUCAAUGGAAGGUUGCCAACCAAUACAAACUGGAAACUAUUCUUUAUGCCAAUGUAAUCAUGUUGGAACCUAUGCUGUUCUUCUUACUACAUAUGCUCAGCCGGAUGAACUUCAGUUUCAGGACGGUUUCGAGGUCAUUGCAGGAAUAGGCUGCGCUCUUUGUGCCUUUUUUGUUUUUCUUACUUUUUUCAUUCUUCUUGUAUUGUGGAGGAAAAUUAGUGGAGCAAUAACUGCUUUGAAAAUUCAAGUUUGUAUUGCUUUGAUUGGAGCCUAUGCAACUAUUCUCAAAGCUCUUCACGAAUCUCUAACUAAAGAAUACUACCCUUACGUGAUGUCUCUCAUCCAAUUUUUUCUGCUGGCCGCAUUCUCCAUGCAGCUUUGUGUGGGGCUCACCGUCUACAUGGAAUUCGUAGACAUGAAAGGUGUACGCUAUCCGGAGUUGAAAUUGGCCACUAUGGGAUGGGCCAUUCCAAUGAUUGUUGUAGGAGCUACUUUGGCAGCUCAGGUACCCGUAGGUUUCAGAUUAAACAGUUGGUGGAUUCAGAUGCAGACAAAUUAUUUUUAUGCAUAUUCGAUAUCUGUAAUUAUCAUCACCGUGCUCCAAAUUAUGUUGGUGACGACAGUCAAGUCCGAGCUGAAAGUCCAUAAGAAACUUGAAACUUCAAAGCAUUCCAAAAGUGUUAAUAGGUCCCGUUUGCUCAAUAGAUCUCUAGUGAUAAUCGUAUUCCUCCUAAUAGUUUCCGUCUCAAGCAUCAUGUACAUUAAUUUCGAUGAUGAACUUUAUAAAUAUGCUUUCUCCUCUAGUUCCGCAGUUUUGGGUUUCAUUGUCUUCCUUUGCUAUACAGUUUGUAGCGAAAAUGCCCAUUCUUUAUGCUCUUCUACCCAAACAAUAGAAGAUGAUGAUGUAAAACAGGAACCAAGAAUAAAAAACAGAAGCGGAUCUUUCCAAAGUUUCUUAAAGCCUGAAAUUGUGAGCGAUUCUUACGUCAGCAGCAAAAUUCCCGAAACAAUAGAAGUGGACGUGCGCAUGGAGAAACUCCGUAAACUGCGCUUUCAAAUGUGUCCCGAAGAGAUAGAAUGGAAAGAAGUAGACCAUCUACUGGUGGAAAAAUCAGCUGCUGCCGCAGCUUCCAUUGUGAGAGAUUUUACUGUCCAUCACCAGAGCUCACCUCUGAUCGUUUCCAAAGCAAAGGAAGCCAUUGGAAUCGGACCUGAAACUGGUGAGAAAAUACAUGAUCCUGAUGACCCUCAAUGGACUGCCCCUCAAGAAAGUGACGAAUCUGUAUCGUCACCGUUCCAGCUACAGCAGCUGGAUGACAGUCCAAGAAGCAGCCAAUUUCAUAUCAAAGACGUCCAAGACAUGGCACCCGAUGGUCAAGAAAGCCAAGCCCAAUUCUAUGAACUGGGUGUGAUGCAAAACACGCCACCAGACAUUCUUGAGCCCACCAAACAAGCUUAUUUCGCUACCAUUAAUAACUCAUCGAGCCAACAAGUGAUGGUCAAUCCUUGCUUGACCACUUUCUGUAGUACUGGUGGGGAAAUUGGUGAGCAGUGCGUCAUCAACACUAGGAAGGCUUCUGACCAAUGUGCCUUAGUUACUGAAGGUCUGAGGACAAGUUCUUAUUCGACUUUCAGACCACCUGCCAAUCCUCCUUCCAGCACGUUCCAAAGUCCCUUGAAGAGCAUAAAAGAGGAUGAGAAAAAUGAAUCAGCAUCUUUUUUGAAGAGUUCUGAAAAGCCCGACUUGCAGAAACCACCCAAUCGCUCCAAGACCCCAUCGCCAUCUGUUAAAAAUACCAUCGGCGAUAAACCAGUAGCUCUAAAGAAUCCAGACAUUGGAGACGAACCUAUUGUUCCACCAGAAUCUACGUUGAAAAAGAAAGAGGUACUUGGACUUCAAGUACCUACGCCAGUUGUUCCAUCUCUUGAGAAAGAUUCUUCGAACAGUUCUUCAGACCCAAACGCUCAACCAUCUAAAAAGGGUUGGAGUAUUACUACUGUAUAAAGUGUGUGUUGAAUUCCGUUUAAUACAUUGCCUAUG